AUGGCAUUAUCCUCCAUAUACAAUUCAACAGGAAAAAACUAUCAGAUAUUCACAGAUUCGUUGUCAACUCUCCUAGCAUUGAAACAGUACUAUCCCCGCCAUCAAUUAAUUCUUCAGAUCCAAAACAAAAUACACGAUAUAAUAAGCAAUAAAAAUCAUAUUUCAUUAAUCUGGAUUCCUAGCCACAUUGGUAUUGAAGGAAAUGAAAGGGUAGAUCAAUUGGCAGCACAAGCGCACUUGGAUCCCCCAUCAAACAUUCCAAUUCCACAUUACGACAUAAGAGUGAUGACAAACGACCUCAUAUGUUCCAAAUGGCAAAAAGAAUGGGAUAAAAUAACUAACUUCCUCAAAAUAGUUAUGCCAGAACUAAAUAGUUCACAAAACACCAAAAUCAACGAACUUAGUAGAAACAAUUUAAACAUCAUAAAUAGAUUAAAACUCGGUCAUUCUAAAAUAACUCAUUCAUGGAUUCUCAACAAAACAAACCCUCCAAUUUGCGAGAACUGUGAUACAAAAUUAACAAUCCAACAUAUAUUGAUAGAAUGUCAAAAUUACAAUGAAAUCAGGAAAAAACAUCAAAUACCAAAUGAUAUCCGAUCAAUUUUCAAAGAUGAAAAAUUACAAAACCUAUCCACAAAAGAAAAUAGAAUCAACAAAGACCAAGGGCGUAAAGAUAGCCUAUCAGAGCUAAAACGCCGUAAAACUGCAGAAGAAGAAGAAGAAGAAUUCCAAAAUAUUACUGACCGGAGAUACAGAUCAAACGUGGAGUCAAUACGAACAGAGCCGGUUCAAAAACCGUCUAGCUCAGAAUCAAAAAUCAUUAAAUGUCCGUUACGUACAAGUGAAUUGGCGAUUGAGGGGAGAGUUAUUCUCAGGCACGAAAUUAUUUUUUAUCCAAAUCUCAGAGGCAGCGAGAACAGAGCGCACAUAUCUUUUUGGAUUGGAAGCCAGCAAAAUACAACAGCAGAACCAAGCCCCACAGCCACUACAACAGCUCGCAAUGCACAACAACCUGAUAAACAUAUUUACAUUUAUAUCUUGAGUAAGAAAAUAUAG